UAACCCCCCUUUCUCCUUCCCUCUUCCACUUCAUUCCUCAACUCUAUUUUCUCUCAUUCUUUUCCCUGCAUUUCUUCGCCUUUCACUGUUAGUUCAAUAGGGAGAGAGAAACAAUGACGAAAAUGGUGAGCCCAGAUGCCAUUUCGACUAUUCUAGCCAACCCGUCGCCUGAUUCUUCUUCAGAUCUCCCUGAAAUUAUUGUUCAAGUUGUCGAUCUCAAACCCACCGGUAACAGAUACAUGUUUUCAGCCAAUGAUGGAAAACUGAAGAUUAAGGGCAUUUUGCAAUCCAGUUUGUCAUCUGAAGUUAUAUCUGGGUCCAUACAAAACUUGGGUCUUAUUCGGGUUAUUGAUUACACUCUCAAUGACAUCCCAACCAAGAAUGAAAAGUACUUGAUUGUAACUAAGUGUGAGGCUGUGUCACCUGCGCUUAAAGCUGAGUACAAGGUUGAAGUGAAAAAUGAAGAGACUGACAUUGGCUUGAAGAGGAAGCAUGAAGAAAUUGGUAUUGUUUUGAAACCAAAACAGGAAAUUCAAACUAAAUCUGCUGCUCAGAUUGUACAUGAACAAAGUGGAAAUAUGGCACCAUCUGCUCGAAUGGCAAUGACGAGAAGAAUUCAGCCACUUGUUUCUUUGAACCCUUACCAAGGAAUUUGGACCAUUAAGGUUCGUGUAACUAGCAAAGGGAAUAUGAGAACUUACAAGAAUGCUAGAGGAGAAGGCUGUGUUUUCAAUGUUGAAUUAACUGAUGAGGAUGGUACUCAAAUACAAGCUACAAUGUUUAAUGAAGCUGCAAGGAAGUUUUUUGACAAGUUUGAAUUGGGGAAAGUCUAUUACAUUUCAAAGGGAACUCUUAGGGUCGCUAAUAAGCAGUUCAAAACUGUACAAAAUGAUUAUGAGAUGACUUUGAAUGAAAUUUCCCAAAUUGAGGAGGCUAUUAAUGAAGCAGCUUUUAUUCCAGAAACAAAAUUUAGCUUUGUCCCAAUUGAUGAAUUGGGUCCAUAUGUCAAUGGCAGGGAGCUUGUUGAUGUUAUUGGAGUUGUCCAAAGUGUUUCUCCUACGAUGAGCAUACGGAGGAAGAGUAACAAUGAGACAGUCCCAAAGCGUGAUGUAACUAUUGCGGAUGAGACGAAAAAGACUGUUGUUGUGUCUCUUUGGAAUGAUCUUGCCACUAAUGUAGGACAAGAACUGCUAGACAUGGCUGAUAAAUCUCCAGUAGUUGCAAUCAAAUCCCUUAAAGUUGGAGACUUCCAGGGAGUGUCUUUAUCGGCAUUAAGCAAAAGUAAUAUUGUUGUUAAUCCAGAUUUACCUGAAGCCAAAAAAUUGAGAUCUUGGUAUGAUUCUGAAGGUAAAGAGGCUUCAUUGGCAUCUAUUGGUUCUGGUAUGAGCCCCUCUACCAAGAGUGGAGCACGAUCUAUGUACUCUGAUAGGGUCACCUUGCUUCAUAUAAUCAGUAACCCAUCCCUUGGUGAGGAAAAGCCUGUGUUUUUCAGCAUUAAGGCAUAUAUAAGUUUCAUUAAGCCAGAUCAAACCAUGUGGUAUCGAGCUUGCAAGACAUGUAACAAGAAAGUUACUGAUGCUUUUGGGUCUGGCUAUUGGUGUGAAGGAUGCCAGAAGAAUGAUGCUGAGUCUAGUUUGAGAUAUAUAAUGGUAUUGAAAGUUUCUGAUGCAAGCGGUGAAGCAUGGCUCUCUACGUUCAAUGAUCAAGCAGAGAUAAUACUUGGAUGUUCUGCUGAUGAACUUGACAGACUUAAAUCUGAGGAGGGAGAAACUGCAUAUCAAAUGAAAUUGAAGGAAGCUACAUGGGUUCCUCACCUUUUCCGGGUCAGUGUUGCUCCACAAGAGUACAACAAUGAGAAAAGGCAAAGGAUAACAGCCAGGGCUGUUGCUCCAGUUGAUUAUGCAGCAGAAUCCAAAUACUUGUUGGAAGAGAUGUCUAAGAUGAAUAUUUCUAUGUAAUGAGGCUAGCCAAACUGAGAAUAUUAGAUUAUUUUUGUUGCUAUAUUUAAGGCUGACUGAUGAAUGCUCACUGGGAUUGGUUAGUAAAGCAGUUGUAAAUAUGUCUCGUUGACAAUUCAGCAUUUUGCACUUUGAUGAAUGCACCUUUAGUAGUUUAUCAUA